AAGUCCCACCCCGCCCGCGCACCAACCGCCACCAACCGUCACCAACCGUCACCAACCGCCCACCAACCGUCCGUCCGUCCCACCUGACCCGGAUGUUGUUUCGCAGCCCGUGACGUCAGCGGCCGCUGGCGAAGCGAAGACCAGCUUGUUGUACCUUGGAAUAUUGUGACCCAUAAUUGAAGACUGAUUAUGUCUCGAACACGGGAACCGCCGCUUGUCACUGGGAUUUCUCCAAAUGAAGGAUUUCCAUGGACAAAGGUAACAAUCCGAGGAGAAAAUCUGGGAACAGGAGCCACAGAUCUUAUAGGACUGUCAAUUUGUGGACACAACUGUUUGCUGACUGCAGAAUGGAUGUCUGCGAGUAAAAUAGUCUGCCGAGUUGGCCCAGCAAAAAAUGAUAAGGGAGACAUCAUUGUAACCACAAAAUCAGGCGGCAAAGGAACUUCAACUGUUUCCUUUAGACUAAUGAAGCAAGAGAAAAUCGGUAUCCUGGAUCAAUCAGCAGUUUGGGUUGAAGAAAUGAACUAUUAUGACAUGCGGACUGAUAGGAAUAAAGGGAUUUCUCCCUUAUCUCUGCGUCCAGCUAAUCCUCUUGGGAUCGACGUACACAAAGGCAAAAUUCCUCAGAUGGACUUGGAAGGAUUAUUCCAAGGUAUGAGUGGUGAUUUUACAAGUGAAAACUUUUCUGCCACCUGGUAUCUGAUAGAAAAUCACUCUGCUACAAGCUUUGAUCAGCUGAAAGUUGCUGCAAUUUUUUUGAGGAAACAGGCAAACAAGAAGAAUGAGGGAAGUUUAGCCUACGUGAAAGGAGGCCUUAGUACAUUCUUUGAGGCCCAGGAUGCUCUUUCAGCUAUUCAUCAAAAACUGGAAGUGGAUGGUACGGAAAAAGUGGAAGGAUCUAUGACGCAGAAACUGGAGAAUGUACUCAACCGUGCGAGUAAUACUGCCGAUACGUUGUUCCAAGAAGUCUUGGGGCGUAAGGAUAAAGCAGAUUCCACAAGAAAUGCACUAAAUGUUCUACAGCGCUUUAAAUUUCUCUUUAACCUUCCUCUUAAUAUUGAAAGGAACAUUCAAAAGGGUGAUUACGAUGUGGUUAUAAAUGACUAUGAAAAGGCUAAGUCACUGUUUGGGAAAACUGAAGUCCGUGUGUUUCAAAAAGUUUAUGCCGAAGUAGAGACACGUAUUGAUGCACUGAGGAUCCUGCUGAUGGACAAGUUACUUGAGAUGCCAUCAACUCUGCUUGACCAGAAAAGAUAUAUCAGAUACCUAUCCGAACUUCACACACCAGGUGACCCUGCCUGGAAGUGUAUAAUGGCCCAGCAUAAGUGGAUCCUGCAACUGAUGCAGAGCUGCAGAGAGAAUUAUGUGAAAGGGAAAAAGAGUGCGACUGUUCUCCACGGCCCUAUGCUGGAUUUGGACAGUGACGUACGGCCUUCUCCCAUUAGUCGUCUGAGUCAAACCACAUCAGUGAAAAGGGCCAGCAGUUUUCAAUCUUCUCGUGAUGAUUCAUGGCGUUUUAAGGCCCCUCAGCUUGUCACAUUUGUUGAUAAUCUAACAGAAAUCGUUAUCAGUCAACUGCCAAAUUUCUGGAAGCUCUGGAUAUCCUAUGUGAAUGGAAGCCUUUUCAGUGAGACAGGGGAAAAAUCAGAACAAGUUGAGAAAUUGAAGAAAAAUGCCAGAUCCCGACAAAAUGACUUCAAGAAAAUGAUCCAAGAGGUAAUAAGUUCACUUAUGAAGCUCAUCCGAGGAGCUCUUCUUCCAUCUAGCCUAGUGGAGGCGGAGCUGAAACAAUAUGGUGGAUGGGAAGCAAAAGUUGAACUUUCCGGCCAGUGGCUAACCCACAUUAUUCAUACUAUGAGGCUCAAUUACGAAUCUCUGACAGCGCUAGAAAUACCAAAUGAUCUGUUGCAAAUAAUUCAAGAACUAAUCUUAGAUUUGAGAGUGCAUUGUCUGAUGAUUACAUUGCAGCAGACUGCUGAUGAUGUUAAAAGGCUUGCAGAGAAAGAAGAUUGGGUUGUUGACAAUGAAGGAAUUACUUCUUUGCCUGCUCAGUUUGAACACCAAGUUGUGCAAACCCUCCAAUCUCUCAAAGAAACCAUAAAUUGCAAGCCUGGGGAAACCAGUAUUUUUCAUCAUGAGAGGAACCAACGGCAUGUACAUGAACUUUUCAUUAAAAUUAUGAAGGUUUUUAUUUAUUCCUUGGAGCACUUGAGUACAAAAACUGAAGGGGAUCCAGAAAGUACACAUCUCACCAGCCUCCCAUUAGAUAUUUCAUCCCCAGACUUGCUUGGAAACUUGCACGAGAACUUCAUUCCUAGCCCAGAACAAAGAUUACUGAUUGUUCUUAGCAACUGUGAUUACUUGGCAAGUCACACCUUCAACAAUUUGGCUGAACAGUUCGUGAAACACAGUUUCCAAGGCACAGAGAAAAUUGCUCAGAUUAGCAUUGAUGAUGUGAAGAAUCUGGACCAGAGACUCUUUGAAACCUAUAUUGAACUAAAAUCAGAUCCAAUUGUUGGCUCUCUUGAGCCUGGGAUUUAUGCUGGAUAUUUUGACUGGAAGGAUUGUCUUACGCCUACAGGUGUCAGAACUUACUUAAAAGAAGCCUUGGUUAAUAUUAUAGCUGUGCAUGCAGAGGUGUUUACAAUUUCUAAGGACCUUGUCCCAAGAGUUCUUUCACAUAUUAUAGAGGCGGUUGCUGAAGAAAUGAGCCGACUGAUGCAGUGUGUAUCAUCUUUUAGUAAAAAUGGAGCAUUGCAGGCCAAGCUGGAAAUAUGUGCUCUGAGAGAUGCCGUUUCCUCAUUCCUGACUCCUGACAGCAUUUCUAGCUUCAAACAAGCUCUUGAAACACUGCCUCAGCUUCCCAAUGGAGCACAUAAAAAAUUACUAGAGGAGCUCCUGAACAAGUUCAAGAGUAGCAUGCACCUACAGCUCACCUGCUUUCAACCUUCCUCACGAAGCCUGGUAAAGACAUAAUGAAGACAAAGUUGAAGGAAUGCAAAUUACUAAUGCAGCUAACUGAGUAGCAUAGCUCAAAAUAAGCUAUGCACUUUCAAUACCUUCCUGCUAAGAGAUUAGAUUAUUUCCUAAAAUGGGUGAAGCAAGAUUCAAAGCAAUUCCUGCUGUGCUGUAUUGAUGUUUGCCAAGUGCAUUUUGCAAAGUAGAAGAUUGUAAUGUUGGUAAUUUUGUUUUGUAACGUUUUAAUGCUCUGAACUUAUUCUAACAACUUGGAAUACAUUUCAAGUGUCAUGUUAUAUUUCACAUGGAAAAAAAACUUUAAACUCAUUUUUAGUGUUUUCUGAUUUGUUGAAUGAUGCACCCAAGCACACUUUUGUGCAUUUCCUUCACAUUGUUCAAUUUAACAAGUAAGAAUUGUAACCACUUAAAAUUCACGCGUGAAUCUGCCACUAGCUAGCAAAUUUGAGGAAAUGUACUAAAUGUCAUGUUCCAAAUAUAAAAUUAUGAAUUGUUA